GAUUUAAUCAAUCUGGAAAAGACGAAAUGACGUGAGCGAACUUUUCUAGAAUUUUGAAGUCUUCGAAUUAUAUUUAUCUCUUUUUAACUCGUCGAAUUCCCGUAUGAGUAUUUAUGUUGCAUCUCGUUUACCCAUGGGUUGAAGGCCCUAGAAUGUUCUAGACGUUUUAAUGUAUAUAUUUUGGCGCGACGGCGACGCAGCGUUUCAUUCAUUUCUGAAGUUUGCGAUUGUGAAGUGUUAUGUAGUGUUGUGUGUGAUUUCUAUUGAAUUUCAAGAUUUUAGUACUAGUGGAUUAAAUUGGAUAUUUAGAAUAAGUUUAAGUCUACACAAUGGGUAAAGAUUACUAUAAAAUAUUAGGAAUCUCGAAAGGCGCGACAGACGAUGAAAUUAAGAAGGCCUACCGUAAAUUAGCUCUGAAAUACCACCCUGACAAGAACAAGGCUGCGGGCGCUGAGGAGAGGUUCAAAGAAGUGGCUGAGGCUUACGAGGUGUUGUCUGAUAAAAAGAAGAGAGAAAUCUACGAUGCGCACGGCGAGGAGGGUCUGAAGGGAGGAAUGGGCGGCCACAACGGGCCUGGAGGCGGCCAGUCGUUCUCCUACACAUUCCACGGUGAUCCGAGGGCGACUUUCGCUCAGUUCUUUGGCUCGGCAAGUCCGUUCCAAGCUUUCUUCGACCUCAACGGUGGCAGUGGCGGAGGCACGACGAUGUUCUUCGACCGCGACAUGGACGUCGAUAUGGAUCCCUUCGCGAACAUGGGCAUGGGAACGGCGCGGCCUGGAGGCCCGGGAGGCGCUUUCCGCAGCCACAGUUUCAAUUUCCACGGAUCGCCAAAUAGGAAAGAAAAAACUCAAGAUCCGCCCAUUGAGCACGAUCUAUACGUGUCAUUGGAAGACAUCGCUCGCGGAUGUGUUAAAAAGAUGAAAAUUUCGCGCCGCGUCAUCCAACCAGAUGGCACGUCAAAGAAAGAAGACAAAGUGUUGACCAUCCAUGUAAAACCGGGUUGGAAAGCCGGCACAAAGAUUACGUUCCAGAAAGAGGGUGAUCAAGGAAGGAAUAAGAUUCCGGCUGACAUUGUGUUCAUCAUCCGGGACAAGCCACAUCCUAAUUUCAAACGUGAGGGCAGUGACAUCAGAUAUACAGCAAAGGUCUCACUCAAACAGGCUCUCUGUGGCACAAUCAUCGAAGUUCCUACGAUGUCUGGUGAAAAGUUAACAGUGAAUCUUCAAGGAGAAGUAGUGAAGCCCCAUACAGUCAAGAGGUUCCCCGGCUAUGGUCUUCCAUUCCCCAAGGAACCAACAAGGAAGGGAGAUCUCCUUGUUGCCUUUGACAUCAAGUUCCCCGACCGUUUAAGUUCAGGAGUCAAGGAGAUACUAAUGGACACUUUACCUAAUUAGUCUACCGGCUAAGACUGCCGAAUGUCUCUUGAGAGACAUUUUUGGAUGUGUUUCUGUGAUUUUUCAAAAACAUCACAGUGUUUUUGGAUCAAGUCAAUGUGUCCCAAUCAGGCCUUUGGCACACACUUGCCUGAUUUGUUACAUAUUGCAGAAACCCAUUUAUUAUAUGCUCAAUCAUGGGGCAUUCCUUUUUUUUGGAGUAGGAACUGUGUUUACUCAAUUGCCGUUGUGGCAUCUAGGACGGUGUGAAUGAUUAGCCCAAUUGUUUGUUUGAGUGAGUUCUCUGCGUUGUAGUAGGGAUCUAAGUGUAAUUGACAUACCUAUUUAAUUUUGUUAAGUUGUAUAUAUUUUGUACCAUUAUGUAAAUAUUGUGAUCUUGACAGUGAUUGUAAGUUUUAAGUUUUGGGAAACUAACUAUCAUAAGUAUUUUGUAAUUGAAAUUUGGUUUCAAGAAAUAAUGGUGACAUCAAAAUUGUAGUUAUAAUUAUGGUUAGUGAGAAAACAUGUUUAAACUUAUCACUUAUAAUUGCUGAUCAAAAGAAUGAUUAAUAAAAGAAAAGGUUAAAAAUUA